GCCGCAGUGUCCUCCCGGCCGGCUCCCCGCUCCCCGCACUCCCGGCCCCGGCCCCGGCCCGGCCCGGCCCGGCCCCGCAAGCACGAUGAGCUACAGCAGCGCGGACGGGCUGCUGCAGGGCCCCGUGUACCCGCUGCCCCUGCCCAUGGGCUUGGGCCGCAAGAGCGCCGCGCUGGUGCGCUCGGCCGCCGGCGGCUCGGCGUCCAGCGGCUUCCACUCGUGGGCGCGGAGCUCGGGCUCGGGCUUCCGCUCCCGCGGCGCGCUGGCCGCCUCGAGCACCGAGAGCCUGGACUCGCUCAACGGCGAGGGCCGCGGGGCGCGCAACGAGAAGGAGCUCCUGCAGGCGCUCAACGACCGCUUCGCCGGCUACAUCGACAAAGUGCGGCAGCUGGAGCUGCAGAACCGGCAGCUGGAGGGCGAGGCAGCCGCGCUGCGGCAGCAGCAGGCCGGCCGCUCGGCCAUGGGCGCGCUCUACGAGCGCGAGAUCCGCGAGAUGCGCGCGGCCGCGCUGCGCCUGGGCGCCGAACAGGGCCAGCUGCGCCUGGAGCACGAGCGCCUGCUGGAGGACAUCGCGCACGCGCAGCAGCGCCUCGACGACGAGGCGCGCCAGCGCGAGGAGCUGCAGGCAGCGGCGCGCGCGCUGCACCGCUAUGCUGACGAGGCGGGCCUGGCGCGCGCCGAGCUGCAGAAGAAGGUGCAGGCGCUGCAGGAUGAGGGCGCCUUCCUGCGCCGCCGCCACGACGACGAGGUGGCCGAGCUGCUCAGUCAGAUCCAGGCCGCGGGACCCCCAGACGGCCGCGACCUCGUCAAGUCCGACGUGACGUCGGCGCUGCGCGAGAUCCGCGCGCAGCUCGAGGGCCACACGGUGCAGAACACGCUGCAGUCCGAGGAGUGGUUCCGAGUGAGAUUGGACCGCUUGUCAGAAGCUGCCAAAGUGAACACAGACGCCAUGCGCUCGGCCCAGGAGGAGAUCACUGAAUACAGACGUCAGCUGCAGUCCAAGACCACCGAGCUGGAGGCCCUCAAGGGGACAAAGGACUCUUUGGAGAGGCAGCGUUCAGAUCUGGAAGACCGCCAUCACGCUGAUGUCAUCUCCUACCAGGAAGCUAUUCAGCAGCUGGACAACGAGCUGAGGAACACCAAGUGGGAGAUGGCGGCCCAGCUCCGGGAGUACCAGGACUUGCUGAAUGUCAAGAUGGCCCUCGACAUUGAAAUCGCAGCCUACAGAAAACUUCUGGAAGGAGAAGAGUGUAGAAUUGGUUUUGGACCAGGUCCUUUCCCCUUUCCUGAGGGACUCCCUAAAGCCCCCGCUGCUUCCACACAUGUAAAAGUCAAAAGUGAAGAGAAAAUCAAAGUGGUCGAGAAGUCCGAGAAGGAAACGGUUAUUGUGGAAGAACAAACCGAGGAGAUCCAAGUGACUGAAGAGGUGACUGAGGAAGAGGAGAAGGAAGAAGAGAAAGAAGCAGCAGAAGAAGAAACUGGAGAGAAGGAAGAAGAAGGGGAAGAAGCAAAGUCCCCAGAGAAGGAAACCAAGUCUCCUCCUACAGAGGAGGUCACAUCACCAGAGAAGGCCAAGUCCCCCCCUGAGGUCAAGUCUCCAGAGAAGGAAGAGGUCAAGUCUCCAGAGAAGGCCAAGUCCCCUGUGAAAGAAGAGGUCAAGUCACCUCCUGAGGUCAAGUCUCCAGAAAAGGCCAAAUCCCCCAUGAAGGAAGAGGUCAAGUCCCCCCCUGAGGUCAAGUCUCCAGAAAAGGCCAAAUCCCCAGUGAAGGAAGAGGUCAAGUCUCCAGAGAAGGCCAAGUCCCCCACAAAAGAAGAGGUCAAGUCCCCCCCUGAGGUCAAGUCUCCAGAGAAGGUUAAGUCCCCAGAGAAGGAAGAGGUCAAGUCUCCAGAAAAGGCCAAGUCCCCCGUGAAGGAAGAGGUCAAGUCCCCCCCUGAGGUCAGAUCUCCAGAAAAGGCCAAGUCCCCAGUGAAGGAAGCAGUCAAGUCUCCAGAGAAGGCCAAGUCCCCCGUGAAAGAAGAGGUCAAGUCACCUCCUGAGGUCAAAUCUCCAGAAAAGGCCAAAUCCCCAGUGAAGGAAGCAGUCAAGUCUCCAGAGAAGGCCAAGUCCCCCGUGAAAGAAGAGGUCAAGUCCCCCCCUGAGGUCAAAUCUCCAGAAAAGGCCAAGUCCCCAGUGAAGGAGGAGGUCAAGUCUCCAGAGAAAGCCAAGAGCCCAGUGAAGGAGGAGGUCAAGUCUCCAGAGAAAGCCAAGAGCCCAGUGAAGGAGGAGGUCAAGUCUCCAGAGAAAGCCAAGAGCCCAGUGAAGGAGGAGGUCAAGUCUCCAGAGAAGGCCAAGAGCCCAGUGAAGGAGGAAGUGAGGUCCCCUGCAGACAUCAAAUCCCCUAUAAAGGCUAAAUCCCCAGAAAAGGAAGACGUAAAAUCCCCUGAGAAAGAAGACAAGGAGAGCGCCCCAAAGAAAGAAGCGAUAAAGUCCCCUGGCGCACCUGUCAAAGAAGAAGGAAAACCUCAGGAGGCUAAAGUGAAAGAACCCCCCAAGAAGACAGAGGAGGAGAAAGCCCCAGCCAAAGCAGAAGAAAAAAAGGACAGCAAGAAAGAGACACCCAAAAAGGAGGCUGAGGAGAAACCCAAGGAACCUCAAGUGGGAACCAAGACAGAAGGAGCUGAGAGCCAGAAGGCAGCCCCAGCCCCGGAGCCUCCUUCGGCCCCUGCAAAGGGGGAAACCAAAGAGAAGGAGCCGGCAAAGCCCCAAGAGAAGAAGGCAGAGGAGAAAAAGGGGCCAGAGCCACCCAAGGCAGAGAGCGACCCCAAAGCCCCCAGCCAGCCAGCUGCGAAGGGACCCGAGAAACCAAAGCCAGAGGAGAAGAAAGCAGAGGAGAAGGCAACUGAAUCCCAGAAGCCCGAAGAGAAACCCCACCCUGACCCAGAGCCAAAGAAGAGGGCAAGGCCCCUCCCAAAGAACCUGCCAAAACAGAGGCCCCCAAACCCAGCAAGCCCAAGACCGAGAAGGUGGAGAAAUCCUCCAGCACCGACCAGAAGGAGAGCAAACCCUCUGACGAGAAAGCCAAGAAGGGCGAUAAGUAGCCAAGGGAAUCAGGUAUGGCAACACCCACAUGGAGCAGCCAAAGAAACUCGGACGGGUCAAUCAACUCUAAUUUAUUUUAUUCCUGCCUCCCGCAAGAGACUGCCCUCAGACUGCAGGGCACCCUCCUUUUCCAAGCUGGAAUUCCUGGUAGCAGUACAUAGGAAAAGAGGGAGACAGGAAAACCAGAUCCCCCUCCCCCUGGAGGUCCCCAGCCCCCAGCCCUCAACCCUCACCGACGAUGGUCAACUAUGUUAUGAUAGCUUAACUAGCAGAAUGUGAUAUAUGCCGAAUGCCACAUGUAAACACUUGACUAUUUAAAACUGCCCCUCCCCCUCCCAAUAAGUGCAUUUAUUUCCUGUAUGUGCAAUCAAUCGAUGGACAAAUGCAAUAAUGAAUGUACGCACCGUUAGAAGACGCAUUAUGCUUGAGAUGUCUUAAAAUGGUACGGAUGCCUUUUUUUGUUCAUUUUCCAAAGGAAAUCUGUCGGCCCCCCUGGUGCGGACACGGCUCUGCUGGAGGGUGGGCCCAGAGGAUGCAGGGUCAGCCACAGUGUCAAUCAUGCCACAAACUCAGAGGAGCACUGUUCAACUUGAGGCCACUUUCAAUUGCUUGUGUGCAAUAAAACAAGAGUGCUUAUAAAA